AUGGUGGAAACCCCAAGCGAUGUCGACCUACAUCAACUCCUCGUCCCCUCUUCAUCAAACGAUGUCUCGUCUCAGCACCAGGCGAACUCUGCGUCCUCCGAACCCAGCAGUGAUGCUGGUUCCUUCGUGAUUCCUGACAACCUCUCCCGAAGCAACUCCGUCUUCUCCUUUUCAAGGGCCUCCUUCAGCAGUCAGAUCGCGAGCCUGACCUCGAUUAACAUUCCCCAAGCAGAGUCGCUUGCUGCCACCGUCAGCUCCCUUCCGAGCGCCCGUAAGGCCAUAAAAGCCAUCUCUACCGCUGCCGAGCAAAUACAAUCAUGGAUCAAGAAAGCCUUGAAAGUUUUGGAAAAUCUCGAUGCCGAAGACGACGUGGAAUGGGCUGCAGCGGCUGGAAGACUAGGAUUGGAUGAGACAGACAAAACUAUUAACAAGUUUGAGUCUUUGAUCAACAUGUACGUUCUGUCGAUCGAGGAGCUGCAAUCGCGCCCCGAUAUUGGCGACGCAAAUCCCGAAGAUCUACAGGCCGUGGUUGAACAGAUGGAGUCGACUCUGGGUGGCUGGGACGACGUUCGGAAAGACUUGAAAAAUGUUCAUGAACAAGUGGAGUUGGCCAUGGAAUGGGAGGAGUUGUGGGCAAAAGUACUCGGAGACGUGGGCGCAGAGAUGGACGCCCUCAGCGCGAUGGUUUUCGAAAUGGAAGAGAAGAGACACACUGCCUAUCAAACACAGACCCAGGUCGAUUCAAGUCAAAACAUCGACCUGAACGAACUUGAGAGCUUCAUCGAUGAGCCCUCUCAGAAAAGGACCACUCCAAAUUCGCGGUUCAGCAUCCCUUCUUUCGAAUCCUCUCCCCUCGGAUCUCCCAUUAUUGAAAACCCACAGGACGACUCGAACUUGCUGGCUCUCUUCGCUCGGAUGCAGCCCCUCAGAGCUUCAUUGGAUUUCCUGCCUAUGAGGCUGUCGAUGUUCCAGUCUCGAGCAGAAAAGAUCUUUCCCAUUGCGUGCGGAGAGCUUGAUGACAAGCGGGCGCGGUUAGAAAGAAAUUGGACCGAGUUGUCAAAGGAGGCAGAAACCCUUCGACGAGAACUCAGCGAAGAUCGAUGGGUGAUUGUCUUCCGCAAUGCUGGCCGACAAGCUCAGAAAAUGUGCGACUCUGUUGAAAGAAGUAUCCUGAAGGUCCAGGAAGCUAUCCACGAAAAUUUUCAGGCCACAAAUCCAUCCGCUUUGGCCAAGAGGAUCGAAAGUUUCGAGGCAAAAAAGCUCCAUUACAGCCCAGCUAUUCAACGGGUGCUUGGAAUUAUACAAAAAGGUCUCAAGGACCGCUUGACGGUAAAUGGAGAAAUCCUCCGUUUACACAAGGAUUUAUCAUCUCGAAUGCGAGAUCUGACCGACACCAUGGACGACCUUGAGAGCCUCCUUGAGCCCGUCACCUCGCGGCAGAACUCGAAAUUGCGAGAAUCGAUCUCGAGCAUCGUUUCUGCAGAUCGCUCGUUUACCAGCACUACUUUUGCAGGUACCCCAGGCAGUUCUCCCCCCUCAUCAGUCGACCUUCCUCCACAAAGACACGAAAAGCCUGCGUCCAAAUACGGUCUGAAUGGAUACACAAAACAACGCACCCCGUCCACAAGCAGGCCACCUCCCCCUGCUUCGGGCAACAAGCGAAUGUCGAUGUUGCCCCAAACGCGACGUCCCACCACACCAAUGUCACAUUCGAGCAGUGGUGCAAUUCGUCGAGGAACCUCACCUUUGCCAGGUCCUCCAUCUGUCUAUCGUCAAGGUGUCUAUACUCCUCCUGUGGUGCCUGCACCUCGGCCAGAGCCGACACCCCUUUCGAAUAAACCCAGAUGGUCAGCGGUUGUGAAGUCUUACGACAGCACCAUAGCACCAUCGUAUCGAUCUUCUUCAACUACCACGCCAAUGACAGCAAGGAGAUAUACUCCCCGAUCCAUUUCCUCCAACACUGCCUUGCCACUGCGGAGCCCCCUUAGUCGCGAAGCAUCCGCAUCACCUUCGUCGAUGCUACCGACACUUGCAAAGAGAGACAGUCAGCAAUUCAGAUCCUUUGCUGAACGUGUCGCUGAUCCUUUGCCAGCGAGAACUAGCAGUUUGUUGGAUCCGGUUCCAUACCACAAGACCAGAAAUUCGAGUGCCCCGGCGCCGGGAACGAUUCGAUCGCCGUCUUCAGUUGUAGUCAACAACCAAAGUAAGCCUACAAUGAGUGGAGGAUCAAUCCCGCGUCCGCCUUCCGCCCUGAGCAGGAGUUAUGGUUCCUCACAGGUUCCAUUGCGAGCAACGUCUCACAAUCCUCGACUGGAUAAUAGGCUCGAAGGUAGUCCUGGGAAGAAUGAAGAUCGUUUGGAUGAGAAUGAUAGGGUUAGUGAGAACGAGGAGGACCAGACGACGGAACCGAGUUCGAGUCCUUUGUCAAAACGCACGAUUACCAGGCCCAGCAGCGUGCUGGCGAUGAGUGGGAAGGCCAAACGGAUGUCGUUGUUGCCUGUGCCUGUUGGAAGUGGCAGGCAAAGUUCAUUGGGAUCGCGGAUUUCUUAA